AUGCAAUCCUUACUUCUAUCUUCACUUGAAUGUUUUUUCGAGCGAGCAUGUUUUGAUCCUAUACAAGAAAAAAUCAAUGUUAUUGCAAACUACUAUUUUAUAAUCAACGGAUCCGUACUUUCAACAAAUUCAACACGAUUUUCUCCUAAAACAACUGUUGGAGAAAUCAUUGACGAACUUAUGAUCGAAAGAUGGUAUGAAAAUGUGCGUUAUGAAGAAUAUUAUCAGCAAUGUGCACCCAAACAAUGUUCCUAUUUAUUGACAUUUCGCAAUAAUGCACUUUAUAUAGUUACUACCGUCAUUGGACUAUUUGGUGGUCUUUUAGUUGCUCUCAAAAUUUGUGUUCCAAUAAUUGUUCGUUGGAUACGAAACCGGAUGCGCCCGCAAGCAACACCAACUGAUGUGCCAGGUUAG